UAUUCCUGAAAAUGGGGAACUCUACUUAUGUUUAGGCAAAAGCUGGAAUAGAAACUUUUUGAAUACAUAUAAACCAAGGCCGAUUUUGGAUUGAGCAAUUAUCGAGUGUCCUCUUUGAAAAAAUUUGCAGGCUCAAUAUGUUCCCUGCUGCCGACACCUCCUUUCCAUUUACUCAUCUCAAAAUAUAUGACGUUUAUAUAAGCUUUUGUGACCCUCAUAUCAGCCAAGAUUUUGCUAGCCUACUGAACUAUGCUCUUGAAGAGGAAGGCAUUGUCACCUGGAUAGAAGGAAAAAUCAUAGAUGAUAUCCCUCCUUUUCAACGCAUCCGAGAAAGUAGGAUCUGUAUACCUAUUUUCUCCGACACAUUUAUCGAGUCACAAUCGUUCUUGAAUGAAGUGUGUUUUAUGAAUAAGUCGAGGGUCAAAAUUUUUCCUCUGUUUUAUCAUGUUUCCAAUAUUAGUGGAUGGUCUUGGGAUCAAUUUUCGGACAGCGAUUUGAUUCAAGAUGUAGUGAGGAAGGUAGUGAAAUUCUUACAGUCAGCUAAGGUUCAUUUAGAUACUCCGAAAUGCUUUGGUUUAGACUGGCGCGUGGAGCAUGUCAGGAGAUUGCUCAACUUAGCGGAACGUGAGAAGAAGAUUGUGAAAGUGGGUAUACAUGGGAUGCCCGGUAUUGGUAAAACCACUCUGGCCAAGGUUGUUUGCAAAGAAGUCUUCUACAGUCAGUUUGAAAUGCAUUGUUUUGUACUUAAUGUGGGAGAAAGAUGUCAGCUGGAAAAUGGGCUCGUAGAGCUGCAAAUCUAUAUGCUCCAAGAGGUUUCCCGAUUCAUGCCCAAAGAAGAUUCCCAAGUCGGAGUCGAAGUAGAACAUAUUGAUCGAGGUAAAUAUCUGCUACAAGAGUGUCUCAGGGGUAAGAGAGUUCUUCUCCUCCUUGAUGACAUUCAAAGUGUCGAGCAGCUGGAAGCUCUUGGGGGAAAUUUCACUGACUUCGGGGCAGGCAGUCGUUUGCUCAUUACAUCUCAGAAUCAACAAAUUCUAAAAGUGGCGAACGUUGAUGGAAUGUACGAGGUAAGGAUUCAAAUUCCACGCGUUCCCUAAUUCCGGCUGUCCAGAUGCAGAGCUACAAACCCCAAGCAUCAAUAUUGUUAAUGCUUGUGAUGGCCAUCCUCUUGCACUCCAACAUCUUGGUAAAACUCUGGUUGGUGAAGACGAUAGAGAUGUAUGGAAAGACAUGGCAGACAAGUUAAGGGAUGAGCCUUAUAUACAAAAGAAACUCAGAGCCUCCUACGAUACCCUGGAUUCCUUUGAAAAGGAAAUGUUUCUAGAUGUUGCUUGUUUUCUUACAGGAAGGGAGAAAGAAAUUGCUAUGAUCUUUUGGGCAGAGCUGAAUCGGAGUGUUCAUGCUUCUCUCAGACAUCUCUUGCAAAAGUCUUUGGUCAACUUGGGUUCUAGUAACGACUUUCUGAUGAAUCGGUGCCUCCAAGAUUUGGGAACUACUGUAGCAAGUGAAAUUUCUACAGAGCCCCAUAAACGCACAAGACUAUUCGAUGAGGACGAUGUGCACCAUAUGUUACGCCGACACUGGGAAAAGGCCAAAAAAGUUCAUUAUCUUCGCUACGAGCCCAAGGAAAGGAAGACAAUGAAGGCAGACAUGUUCAAGCAGCUGUACAACUUGAGGUUGCUCUGGCUUUCAAAUGUUGAGAUAAAGGGACACUUUGCUGAGGCAACCUGCUUCGAUGAAUUGAUAUGGCUAAGAUUGACGAGAUGUUCGUUAACACGGCUACCUCCAGGAAUGAACCUGAACAAGCUUGUUAUUCUGGAGGUAACCGAUAGUCAGAUAACUCAGCUUUGGGACGAAAAAACAGAAGAAUAUUCAAACAUAUGGCCGGAGAAACUUAAAGUGCUUAUUUUGAGAGAAUGCGGGUCCCUGGAAACACUUCCUGCUACAAUAAUCUAUACCCAGUUGCAGAUUCUGGACUUGCACAAUUGCCAUUCACUCAGAAGCCUGCCCAAUAAUUUGGCCAAUAAUGUGGGAAACUUCCACAGCUUAGUUUCUCUCAACAUGAAAGGCUGUGGUGUUUCUUGUUUGCCUGGGGAUUUCGGUAUGCUUUCAAGUCUGGAAGAAUUGGAUCUAUCUUGGUGUAAGAAUUUAUGCGACCUUCCUGCUAGUUUUGGCAAUUUGACUCGGUUGGAAAAACUACAAAUUCACCACAAUUCAAAUCUUAGAGAGCUACCGACCACCAUUGGUGGCCUAGAAAGUUUGGCUUAUCUGGAUGCCGGCAACUGCCAACUGUGUGAAAAUGGACUCCCAGCCGGACUAUUCGAAUUGUCUUCUUUAAGAAUCAUCAACUUUGAGCAUAAUAGAUUUUGCAGUCUUCCCGGCAGCUUCCAAAAGUUGAGUGGACUUUAGGAACUGCAUUUGGACGGGUGCAGCGAGCUUUCCGAACUGAGAGGGGUCCCACCAUCACUGGAGAUGCUGUAUGCGCGUGACUGUAUGCAAUUGCAGAGCUUAUGCUGCUUGUCAGGACUGACAAGUCUGUGUAGAUUAGACGUAAGCAAGUCAUGUCAUCUAACUGGUCUGAAUGGAUUGGAAUCUUUGCAAGGAUUGACAACAUUGAGAUUGGUGGGAUGUACAAAACUUUCAAGCGCAACACUUGGAAGCUGCUUGGGUGGUCUCAAGUCCUUGGAGAGCAUCUUCAUUGCGGGCCCCGGUGUCAGCUCAAAGCAGUUACUUUCCUUCUACGAGACUAUCAAGGUAAGUUCAAUGAAAGUUCGCUCUGCCCUUCCCAUUCACGUUUCUCGUCCUUUCUGUCAUUAAAAUAAUUUGCGUAAUUUCUAGGGCACCGUCUCAACUUGAAAUUAUAAAAGUAUAUUUGUCAAUUUUAUCAUUUAUAAUUAGGUAACAGUUCAAAUAGAUGGUGAGGUACCUCUGUAAACCAUCUGCACUGCAAAACAAUGUGUAAACCAGCUCUCACCGGAUGGAAAAACAAUCGUGACGGCAAAAAUGACCGUCAAACUGAAACCCUUACUCCCAUCUGAUUAAAGCGAAGUCGCUUCACCUAACCAUCAUGUAUUUGGCAGGCCAUCUCUUUCGAGAGUCAAUGUCUAAUGUCUAAAAGGCCAUCUCUUUCGACUUGGCUGCCUGCCGAGCUGAAUGGACGGAACGGGAAGGAAGACAAUUGUUUUGAAUUCUGUGCAGAUGACCGGGAGAUUAGCUACUGUGCAGGAUAUAUUGUUUGUUGUCUUUCGCUUGGCCAAAAUUUUGAUAUUCAAGGCACGAGCAGGCUGCGCUACAGCAUUGAAAGGGAUCAUACACUACGUGCAUGUGAAAUGAUACACCCGGACAUGGAUUCGACAAGUGAAGACGUGCUGGAAGUACGUGUUGUGAGAGUGGAUGGCGAUUUUGAUUUUAAUUGGCUGAGGAUGGGAGACAAACUGAGAUUGAGUGCAGGCUCUGAUCAUCAGAAUUGGUAGGCGUGCUUCAAAUUUUUGAUGUAUGGUCCUCUUAAUGAUCCUCCUCAUGUAAUAUAUCCCUCUGUCGUAGAAAAACCUCCUCGUACAAUAACCUUUGGCAUGUAAAACUAUACAAGGACAUCAAUCUUGUGCCGAGGUAAGUCUUACUGUGCAGCCUUUUAUUGACAUUGAAUGUUCAACUUUUAAUUAUAGCUUUAGCUGGGUUGAGCGCC